GAAUUCCUUUCGUGAUCGAAACUAGGAUUUUUCACUACUGGUUCGUUGAUUGUCGUAGUGUGCGGUUGGUUUUCUCUACCGGAACAACGUGCGGCGGUUACAGAGUGACGACAACGUGAAAAGCAAACAUAUUGGUGAUCUAGCGAAGAACACUCGGAGAACAGCAACACAACUAGCAACAGAGGAGCACACCGGAGACGAAACCUGGAAGAGAGCCCCCCUUAGUGAAAACAGCAAAUAGUUUGUGCGAGUGUGAGAGUAAGAGAGAGAAAGAGAGUGGCCACCGGUUCUGCGAUAAGCGCAAGCGAAGGGACGAAGGCGGCAAAGAUGGUUUCCAGCGAGCCAGAGGAGGAGGUUGGCGCAAAAACCGAGCCCACGACGACGACGACGACGACGACGACGACGACAGCGGCGGCGACAGCGGCAGUACCAGCGAAAGAACAUCGACCUGGCCCAGGAAGCAGUGAAGCUGCAGGUACUGAAGGCGAACAAAACCCUGUUCGUGGCACCGUCGCAAAAGUCCGAGUACCUGUACGCGAAGAUCAAACCCUGCGACACGAACGAGAUACCGAUCGCCCAACAGAAGCGCAUCGUCAAGAUGCUCGGUGCGGAGGACACAUUCGAGGAGCUUGGUCUUGAUCAAUCGGAACCGCUGGACAUGAUUGUUGUGGGGUGCGUGGCGGUGAGCGAGCAAGGUCAACGCAUCGGCAAGGGCAACGGAUACGUGGAUCUGGAAAUUGCCCUGCUGACCGAGCAGGGUGUGAUUACACCGCAAACGGUAAUCGCGACGACGGUGGCCGACGCGCAGGUGUACGAAACACUGCCGCGCGAAAUCUUCAAGUACUACGAUUUCACGGUCGACCUGAUCGUAACGCCGACCCGGGUGAUACGCGUCGCCAACCGACCGUCCCCACGCGUCGUCGGCAUCCAGUGGGGCUUGCUGUCGGCCCGCCGGCUCGAGGUAGUGCGUGUACUGAAGAAGCUAAAGGAGCAGCUGGAGGCGCAGGGCAAGGUGAUCGCGCUCAAGGAAGAGGACACCGACGUCGAGAGCUUUCGAAAGUCGCGCAACCAGCGGGGCAGUGGUGGAGCUGCUGGCGGUACCGGUACUGGCCAGCGUCGGCAGCAGACGCGGCGCCGCCGCUCUGUGCGCAACCAGCAGCAAAACGGUGGCAGCGACGGUGAAGGUGGCGGUAGUCAGGAUGAGGGCGGUGUGAGCAGACGCAGCGGUGAGGGUGGUGGUGGUGGUGCUGCGCGCCGACCUCCUAGAAACAAUCGUGAUCGCAAUCGAUUGACAUCGAAGGAUUUGCGGGAUCCCAACUUUAAGGGGAAGGACGGCCUUCCAACUGCACGACCCAAGCGGCAACGGCGCCGAUUGGGUGGUGGAGGAGGGGGUGGUGGUGGGCCCUCGGACGAUGGAGAGCAGCAGGUUGCUAACGGCGGUGGUGGCCAGCGAAACGAAAAGGCGCGAGGCGGAGCAGCAGUAGCGGGCACCGACGGUGAACGCCGGAAGCGCCGAACCGGCGUGUCCGCCCAGAUACGACAACAGGGCAGCGUGCGAAUCCGGGUGUCGAACAUGUUCGCGGUUCGCUACAAGGAUUUCAAGGAGGAGCUGCGCAGCCGCGACUGCUACCCGUUCAAAAUCAGCAAGGGUCGCUACGGCAAGUGCGUGCUGAUCUUCCUCAAGCGCGAGAACGUGGACGAAGAGAGCCAGGUGAACGAGCUGCUCGGCAAGCUCGCCGAUCUGCGCCUCACCGUACUCAAGGACGGCGAGUCCAAAGAGGUGGAGCUCAAGUGUGACGUGCCGCAAUCGCGCCGUGAUGGCUCGCUCAGUGACCAGGACGAUCCCGACAACCUCGACUCGCCGCCACAGCCGGAUCAGCAACCAGGUCAGCAGCAACAGCAGCAUGCGCCAGACCAAACACAAUCCGAUCACAGUGACAGAUAUCAGAAAGUAUCCUAAUAGGUGUGUAAGUGACGCAGUGCACGUUACCUACCCCGUUCCCCACGCUUUCUUCUACCACUAUGUUACAUACAAUGCUUAACUUUCGUUAAAUUUCUUUUGCUGCCACUGGCUUAGUGCUACUACGUCGAGGGUUCGCGGUGCAAACCAUUUGCGAUACACCUUGACGUAGCAGGAGCUCUGCAUUAUUUGCGAUUCACAACGGUUUUCGCUGUUUUUGCGUUCGUCAGCUGUGUUGCGCUGGCUCUGCUGGAGGGUAACUGUCACCGGCACUGUACACCUUUUAGCCAGCGAGAGGCAAUCACGCGCCUUGUACUAAGAAGGAAGGAGAUCAUUACGAGAGCACAUACAUCUCGAGCAUUGGCAGGGAGUUUUUUUGUUUUUUUUUUUCUUUUUCAUAAAGGUCAUCUCGCUCCACGCUUUUACGUUCGGUGCUCACUCCAACCAAUUGUUGCGCCGGAAACUCAUUGCAGGUGUUAUUUUUUACAUCAUUGAUAGUAAACACACCUUUACCUUUGCUCGACGCAAUACGCGCCAAAGUUGUGGUUUAACCAAUACUAAAACAAACAGAAAGAGCAAAUCAACCCCCAAGUAACUCUAGUAAGCCCUAUGCACCUGUUAUAGAAGCUUAAACGUGACCGAAUCGUUCUGGAAAACGAUACAAGCAAACAAAUGAUUAGAGCGACUAUUUACAAAUCGUGGAUACUUAUAUAUUUUCUAUUUCUUCAUUUAAAGCCAUUUUCCGAAUCGUUGGAAGAAGGCCAUUAAAUUCCCAUUUUUCUUACAUUUUUUUUUGCUUUCCACCGAUGGCAUCGUAUGCAUAAUGCUGAGGAGCACCCUUUGGGAUGUUGGGGCGGUAAACGCAGCAUGAUGUUGACAAAGAUGAAAGGGGAAGCGAUAGAAGUUAAGGAUAGCGUUUCAGGAAGCGCAGUAGUCGCGAGGAGAAUUUUGCAACAUCCACUCACUUACACCAGUUGCAGCAGAAACAGUUGUGCGAAACAAGAAAACCAACAAAUGAAUCUUGAAUGAACGGACGGGCAACAUACUAAUGAAGGAAGUAUCCAAUUUGAAUUUUUCGAACGAGAGUAAGCCCAUGCUACGAAAUAAAGGGGAGGAGGAAAGACGGUUAUAAUAAGUAUGCAAAGAGCAACGUAAAAGAAACAAUACUAUAAAAGAACGCAAGGAUUGGUGACGCGUAGCAUCAAUCACAAACAAUCGGAACACAUCGUAGCGUGAUGAUUGGGCACAGGUGUCGUUGUGAGGGAUCUUGCGGUUAGUGUUUAUGCUGAACAGCCGUAAUCGUGGCUUAACUCGAGAUUCCUCCUGCUCGUCAUCGCCGCCGUAGUCGUCAUGCAAUCGAAGGGAGUUAACUUAACCGAACCCCUUUCCUCCUUCUACUUACAUGUGCUGCUAGGGAAAAAAAACCAUGGAAGAAACGUGGGCUAAAGAAACAAAAGCAUACAAACACACAACACACGGAAUAUGAACGAUAGCUGAAAAUAAAUUUGAAAUCUAACAUUUUUUUCUUAA